AUGGAGGAGGUGCUCAAGGCGCUAGGCAAGCGGCUGGAGUCGAAGAAAGGGCAUGCCAGGUUGCGGUUCAGAGAGCAGCGGCCGCCGCAGCACCUCAGCGCAAGCAGUGAGCGAGACACGGGACAACGCCUCUCAGACGAUGAGAUCCUCCUGACUGUGGGCAUCCUGCGCUACGGGCAUUCCAACCGUCUGCAGGAGCUCGUUGUGGCAGGCAGUCAGCGGAUGACAGAUCUGCGCGAUGCGCUGGCCUGCCCUGCAGACAUCAAUCUGAGGGCGCUGGGCAUGGCAGUGCCCUCAGCCUACUUCUACAUCGAGGGCACAUUCUACAAUGACCUGCGCGCCGCUGGCAGCCUGGACUAUUCUGAGCCCAUCAUCAGCUUCUGCCAGCAGAACAGCCUGCUGCCCCCAGCAGCUGAAGAGGCUGACGCUGAAGCCAGGCAGAGAGGCGAUGCAGACCAGGAAGGAAGCCGUGAUGAAGCACCACAGGCGUCCUACAAGAGGGAGGACAUGCACAGCACGCGCUUCAUGGACCUCGUAAAUCUGCGUGUGGGCUCCUUUCCUGGCUACGUCUUCUGCCACCAAGGCUGCUGCGAGCAUGCCCUCUACUUCAAAGAUGUCCGGCGCAUUCACCCUGAUGACUCCCACAGCCUCUCUGACUACCCCAUACCGGUGUACCAGGCACAGUUUAGGCGACAGAGGUGCAGUUUGUGUGCGACCAGAUUUGCGGUGAAGGUCACCUACGAGGAUGAGCACGCUCCAGAGUCGCCGGCGUUCUGGUGCAUUGAGUGCUAUCAAGCCAUGCAUUACGAUGGCUCUGGAAAACUGAAGUACCAGCACAAAGUGUUCCCGUACCAAGUGAACUGA